AUGGAGGGAGGCGGCGGCGGGCCGGCCCCAGCUGAGAAGCUGGAAGAGGCGGGCGUGUCGCCUCAGGGCAGGUUGUCUCCGGGGCCCGAGGGCGCCGCGGGGUUGGCGGGGCCCGAGAGCGCAGUGGAGGCUGCAGGCGGUGAGGCCGAGAGCGGGCGCGGGCCGCGCCGGGCUCUGAGGGCAGUAUAUGUGCGCAGCGAAAGUUCCCAGGGGGCGGCGGCCGAGUGCCCCGAAGCCGGGGCGCUCAAGUGUCUGCUUCGGGCCUGCGAAGCUGAGGGCGCCCACCUCACCUCAGUAUCCUUCGGGGAGCUGGACUUCGGAGAGACAGCGGUGCUUGAUACCUUCUACGACGCAGAUGUUGCCAUCGUGGACAUGAGUGAUAUCUCCAGACAGCCUUCCCUUUUCUACCAUCUUGGAGUCCGAGAGAGUUUUGACAUGGCUAAUAAUGUAAUUCUGUACUAUGAUACUGAUGCUGACACUGCUCUGUCAUUGAAGGAUAUGGUUACUCAAAAGAACAUAGCAUCUAGUGGAAAUUAUUAUUUCAUCCCCUAUACUGUGACACCAUGUGCUGAUUACUUUUGCUGCGAGAGUGAUGCCCAAAAGAGAGCCUCAGAGUAUAUGCAGCCCAACUGGGACACCAUCCUGGGCCCACUGUGUAUGCCCCUGGUGGACAAGUUCACUAGCCUCCUUAAGGAUAUCCGUGUGACCUCAUGUGUUUAUUACAAAGAAACCUUGCUGAAUGACAUCCGAAAAGCCAGAGAGAAAUACCAGGGUGAUGAACUGGCAAAAGAGUUGACUCGGAUCAAAUUCCGCAUUGAUAACAUUGAGGUUCUGACAUCAGACAUCAUCAUUAAUUUACUCCUGUCCUACCGUGAUAUCCAGGACUAUGAUGCAAUGGUCAAGCUGGUAGAAACACUGAAGAUGCUGCCUACAUGUGAUUUGGCUGAUCAGCACAACAUUAAAUUCCACUAUGCAUUUGCACUGAAUAGAAGAAACAGCACAGGUGACCGUGAGAAGGCUCUUCAGGUCAUGCUCCAAGUUCUGCAGAACUGUGACCACCCAGCUCCUGACAUGUUUUGCCUAUGUGGGAGGAUCUACAAGGACAUCUUCCUGGAUUCAGACUGUGAAGAAGAUGCAAGCAGAGACAGUGCCAUUGAGUGGUAUCGCAAAGGGUUUGAACUCCAGUCAUCUCUUUAUUCGGGAAUUAACCUUGCAGUUUUGCUGAUAGUUGCUGGACAACAGUUUGAAACUUCAAUGGAACUAAGGAAAAUAGGUGUCCGGCUGAACAGUUUAUUGGGAAGAAAAGGGAGCCUGGAGAAAAUGAACAAUUACUGGGAUGUAGGUCAGUUCUUCACCGUCAGCAUGUUGGCAAGUGAUAUUGGGAAGGCUGUCCAGGCAGCAGAGAGGUUGUUCAAACUGAAACCUCCAGUCUGGUACCUGCGGUCAUUAGUUCAGAACUUGGUGUUACUUCAGCGCUUCAAGAAAACCAUUACAGAACAUUCACCCAGGCAGGAACGGCUUAACUUCUGGUUAGAUAUCAUUUUUGAAGCAACAAAUGAAGUUACUAAUGGACUCAGAUUUCCAGUUCUGGUAAUAGAGCCAACCAAAGUCUACCAGCCUUCUUAUGUUUCUAUCAACAAUGAAGCUGAAGAAAGAACUGUUUCUUUAUGGCACGUUUCACCCACAGAAAUGAAACAAAUCCAUGAAUGGAAUUUUACAGCCUCUUCUAUUAAGGGAAUAAGCUUAUCCAAGUUUGAUGAACGGUGCUGUUUUCUUUAUGUCCAUGAUAAUUCUGAUGACUUUCAAAUCUAUUUUUCCACUGAAGACCAGUGUAAGAGAUUUUGCUCUUUGGUCAAAGAAAUGCUAAACAAUGGAGUGGGAAGUACACUGGAAUUGGAGGGAGAGGCUGAUGGAGACACGUUAGAGUAUGAGUAUGACCAUGAUGUGAAUGGGGAAAGAAUUGUCUUGGGGAAAGGCUCCUAUGGGAUUGUGUAUGCUGGCCGAGAUCUCAGUAAUCAAGUACGAAUAGCUAUCAAAGAAAUCCCAGAGAGAGAUAUCAGGUACUCUCAGCCUCUGCAUGAAGAAAUAGCCCUGCACAAGUAUCUCAAGCAUCGCAACAUUGUCCAGUACCUGGGCUCUGUUUCAGAGAAUGGCUAUAUUAAAAUAUUUAUGGAGCAGGUGCCUGGAGGAAGCCUUUCAGCUCUCUUGCGAUCCAAAUGGGGACCAAUGAGGGAACCCACUAUCAAGUUUUAUACCAAGCAGAUCCUGGAAGGCCUGAAGUAUCUCCAUGAAAACCAGAUAGUCCACAGGGACAUAAAGGGUGAUAAUGUUCUGGUGAACACCUAUAGUGGAGUGGUAAAAAUCUCUGAUUUUGGAACCUCUAAACGCCUCGCAGGAAUUAACCCAUGCACCGAGACCUUUGCAGGGACUCUGCAGUACAUGGCACCUGAGAUUAUUGAUCAAGGACCUCGAGGGUAUGGUGCUCCAGCUGAUAUCUGGUCCUUGGGCUGCACCAUUAUUGAGAUGGCAACCAGCAGGCCUCCAUUCCAUGAGUUUGGUGAACCACAAGUCGCCAUGUUUAAGGUGGGGAUGUUUAAGAUCCACCCUGAAAUUCCAGAAGCCCUUUCAGCUGAAGCCAGAGCCUUCAUCUUAUCAUGUUUUGAGCCUGACCCACACAAACGGGUCACUGCUGCUGAUCUACUCCAAGAAGGGUUCUUAAGGCAGGUGAACAAAGGCAAGAAGAGCCGAAUUGCUUUCAAGCCAUCAGAGGGUGUCCGGAGUGGCACUGGUGCUCUGGCCCUGCCCUCAUCGAGUGAGCUUAUGGGCAGCAGUAGCAGCGAGCAUGGCUCUAUUUCCCCAGACUCGGAUGCCCAGACUGAUGCAUUCUUUGAGAAGGUCCAGGUGCCCAAGCAUCAGCUCAGCCACCUUCUCAGUGUCCCAGAUGAAAGCCCAACCUUAGACGACAGAAGCACAGCCUUAGACGACAGAAGCACAGCCAUAGACGACAGAAGCACAGCCUUAGACGACAGAAGCACAGUCAUAUCCCCAGAGGAGCGGGACCCUGGUCUCUUCCUGCUGCGCAAGGACAGUGAGCGCAGAGCCAUCCUUUACAGAAUCCUAUGGGAGGAACAGAACCAAGUGGCUUCCAACUUGCAGGAGUGUGUGGUGCAGAGUUCAGAAGAGUUGCUUCUCUCAGUUGGUCACAUCAAACAGAUCAUUGGAAUCCUAAGGGACUUCAUCCGCUCCCCAGAGCACAGGGUGAUGGCGGCCACAAUAUCAAAACUAAAGGUGGACCUGGACUUUGACAGCUCAUCCAUUAACCAGAUUCACCUGAUCCUCUUUGGAUUCCAGGAUGCUGUCAAUAGAAUUCUGAGAAACCACUUAAUUAGGCCCCACUGGAUGUUUGCAAUGGACAACAUCAUUCGAAGAGCUGUGCAGGCUGCAGUUACCAUUCUCAUCCCAGAGCUCCAAGCCCACUUUGAGCCUGCCUCUGAGACUGAAGAAGUAGACAAGGAUGCAGAAGUGGAAGACUAUCCCCAAGUAGACCUACUGGGCCAAGAAGUACAUGCGAUACCCAGAGGCGCCAGACCUGGCUCAGUGCCUAUCCAGGAGGGCCAGCCCCACCAGCAAGACCCAAGUCUCCAACUGAGCAAGCUCAGGGAAGAAACCAACAGACUUUGGGAACACCUAGUUCAAAAAGAGAAAGAGUGCCAGAAUCUUCUGCGGCUAACUCUAGAACAGAAAACUCAAGAAUUAUAUCACCUUCAGUUACAAUACAAAUCCAAUGGUGGUACAGAGAAUCCAGCACCCCCUGACGGACUGGCAACUGAUAGAAAGCUUAUAGACUGGUUGCAACUACAAGGAGUUGAUGCAAAUACAAUAAAAAAGAUUGUUGAAGAGGAUUAUACACUUUCUGAUAUUCUCAAUGAUAUCACUAAGGAAGACCUAAGGUGCCUCAGACUACGUGGUGGCGUCCUCUGUAGGCUCUGGCAGGCAGUCUCCCAGCACAGAAAACAAACGCAGGAGUCCUCACAGUGAGCCAAGCCAGGAAUACCCUA